AUGACUUUCGGUACUGGCUUCCCACAUUCGGGAGCGCCCAUCUGGAGAAAGCAUAUUCAAGGAGCUCAAAGUAUGGAGCACUUAGGAUCCAUAAUAAGCAUAUUACCCAAGAACUUCCAAAUGACGGAAAGAGAGCAAGCUUUUCUACCAGAUAGAACAAUCAGAGCCUGCAAUCGUGGCCGAUGUACAUAUGUAUAG